UUCGAACUGGCUCAUCUCAAACGAGACUAUAAGUAUUCUCAAUCAUGCAAACAAACAUGGAGGAGCCCAUAGAGCUGAUCUGCUGGGGCGGCGACUGGGAUCUGCCGUCUGUCCACACAGACUCCCUCAUCGUGCUGCUUGCCGGUUUUAUAUGUCCUGAAGGUCAGAGGAACUGCUGAAUUGAUGUGAUGGCGUAUGCAAAAUUUGCAGGUGCAAAUCUUACAGUAAAGUAUAUUGACUGGACAUGGAGGACUAUAACAGCAUCAGUGCCACAACUACUCUAUGAGGAAUCUACUGUCACAGAACCAACACAAAUUCUAAACUUCCUGAGAAAACAGAGAUUCAAUGCUGACUAUGAGUUGACCGCUAAACAAGGAGCAGACACAAUGGCUUAUAUUGCACUGCUGGAAGAAAAACUGCGGCCAGCUCUGCUGCACACGUUCUGGGUGGAUGCAGAGAACUAUGGUAACCUGACCCGGCCCUGGUUUUCAUCACAUUCUCCAUUCCCUCUCAACUUCUUUGUGCCGGGUCGGCAGGCUAGCUUGGCUCUGUCCCGUAUUUUACUGACCAAAGGAGAGUCGCCAUUGCUUAACAUCACAGAGGUAGAGGGAAAGAUCUACACUGAAGCCAAAGAGGGUCUGAAUUUGCUCUCCCACAGACUUGGAAACUCCAACUACUUCUUUGGAAACACACCUAAAAGCCUGGACGCGUUUGUGUUUGGUCACAUUGCCCCCAUCCUUAAAGCCCCUCUGCCCAGCGGGCAGCUUCAGAAGCACCUGAACCAGCUUGAUAAUCUCUGCCAGUUCUGCAACACCAUCCUUAAAAAUUACUUCACUGAUGCCACAUCUGACAAGAGAAUGGACGGCACACCGAUGGCUUCCCAUGAUCCAGUUGAUGCAAACCUACAGAAACUGACACAGCUUGUUAACAAAGAGUCCAACCUUAUUGAAAAGAUGGAUGACAACCUUCGCAGCAGUCCCCAGCACAGACCGCACAGACAUGAGGCCAAACACUCAGCCCUUGCCAGUGAGAGGAACUCCACCCCUGCCUGAACCCCAUCCCCGCCCUUUAAGCACUGACUUGUGCAUUAUUUAUUCACCAGGAAGGAGGAUUGCAUUGGAAAGUAUUUCCAAAGCUACUUCCAUUAUAUAAAAACUCUAAUGGGCUGAUGAGUUCAUAAUAAAUUAAUGCUAGUUUUUGUUGUUGCUGAAAUGUGGGCCAGAUGCUUGUCUUCUGUGGCUUCAGUAAUUGAUUUCACAACACACAACAAUCAUGGACUCCAUAAAGGGCUAGUUAAAUGGGGAUUCUCUGUAUUUAAAAACCAUUAGCACAUGUGGUAUCUACAUAUCAUUAAAAGGGAAAUGAACACUGCUUAAUAUAAGCAUAAUAGAAGCAUUGAGUUGACAAUUUAGAUUGUUGAGAAACUGUUGACAGUUGAGAUGCUGACUUAUAAAAGACCAGUCGCCUCCAGUUAAACACUGCGUUUCAUUUGAAUUAUUAUUCAGUAUAAGCUUUGCACAAUCAGGAUGCUAAUAAUAAUAAUAGAAGUCUAAAUGUAUUUAUAUAUAUAUUCAUAUAAGUUCUCAUUUAAAUGCACAUGGCAUGCACGCUGCUGUAUUAAACAAAUGUCCUCAUUGUGCUUCAUUACAGCAUAACUGAUUUAAUUCCACCAUUCCAUAUUUUGCACUGAGCGCAUUCUUGAUUGCGUGAUUUUACACUUCUUUUUUUUUUACUUUUAGUGCAAAAGAUCACUUCACACAAUGUAUUUGUGUGUGUGUGUGUGUACUGUGUAUACAUUUAUUAUUCAUAGUCCUCUGGAGAUUUGUUUUUUACAUGAAAGGAAGGCCUUAAAUGUCCAUUGCAGUGCCAUGCCCUCACUUGAUUCAUUUGUAGGUGUGUCUUAAGAAACUGUAUAUUUCAUAAUGUAUCAAUGU